UGGUUGAAACGAGUUGAUCCAGAGGAAGUGGACACCUAUAAAGCACUGGGAAAAUCGUUGGUUCCUCUACCAUCUCCACGAUCAGAGGAAGCGAGUGAGCUCUAUCUGGCCUUAGAGAAGUGGGAAGAUGCUCCAGCAUUCAUGGAACAAACAGUGAUUGAAACACAUCCUGCCAAGUCCCAGGGAUCAGCCGGGAAUACUCCUGGUGAAAUUACAGUGCCAGAACGUGAAUUCCUUAGCAACACUCGCCACGAAGGUGAAGCAGAGGAGAGAAUUUUUCUCUCACGUCUGCGACUUCGGGGACCAGUCAGUCCUCAACUCCAUGCAGGAAAGUACGUUGUCAUGACAAUGAGUAGAUCCAAUCUCAAAGCCAUCGACUAUGCAGUCGUAUAUGUCACUAUUCUGCAAAAAUCCUUCAAUGCAACAGUACAUAACAUCAUAGUUUACUGCGUGGUACCAAUCUCCUUUAUCCUCCUGACUGUCUUCGUCUCACUCUACUUCUUCCUGAGCCGACGAAAUAAAGACCUUAACCACUCCGCCAACCGACGCGGUGGAACUUUAUUCUCACCAGUUGGCCGAGGUAAUUCACUGCCCAGUGUAAAGAAAGAUUACACUUCUAUAGUACGCGCAACACCACGAUCUUCCGUCUUUUCAAAUGGAAAUACCCUUUCAAAUGGGAGCAAGACGUCAUCCUGCCUCCCCCCUUAUGCAUCCCAUUCCUCCUCAACUCCAAGUCAAUGGAAUUCGAAUCCACAUAUGGCUGCUCCUUCUACAGCAACAAGUCCCAUAACUCAAACGAACUCAAUUCACAACUUUCAGUCACACUUGUCCCAACCCACCAACCAAUUGCCACCUUCAGCCUCUACCUUCUACAAUUACUCAGGUCUGCAGUCAAUGGCUUCUCAACAGCCCACUUACUGGCAUCCCCCAGCGCCUUCUAUUGCCACCGAAACCUCUUUUGACCAAUACUCAGCUAUUAUGGGAAGUCCAGCGUCAAAUAUGGGAGGAUUCUUGGUGAACCAACGACUUCCGUUCUUGCAAACGCCAAGUCAACAGCAGCCCCAGCUUAACUUUCCCAGUGUUUGA